AGUCGCCUGUGCCCGUCAGAAUUGGCCUUGGCUGCCCAACACGAACUCGUUGGUGACGGACCAAAAGCGCUCUUUCCUCACUGUUCGGCUCUUUCACCGUCUUCAAAUAACUGCAUUGGUGUCCUCGAUUCGCCGAACCCAGUGAUGCCUAUCGAGUCAGAGAUUCCACGCGGUCAUCUGACGCAUUUCUGUUAUGUGGACAGUGGGAAACACUACGAGGGCUCCGCAUCGACAACAAUAACAGGGAAGACGUGCAUGAACUGGAAUGACGCCCCUUCAAGGGAGUACAAUGUUGCCAGGUAUCCAGAGCUGCUCUACGCCAAAAAUUACUGCCGAAAUCCCGGUGGGAAGAAAACGAAGCCUUGGUGCUACUCACAACCGUUGGGUCAAGAGGAGUACUGUGAUAUUCCUCAGUGCUCUAGAGAUCUGUUCCCCCAUUUGAGUGAUGGCAACACCAACACAGGCAGUACUAACGUGGGUGUGGGCGAUUCACUUACCUCCAUGUGGGAAAAUCUUGCCCCGCACUGGCAACUGGCUGUUGUUGGAGGCGGCGUUCUGUCCCUGCUACUCCUACUGCUCCUGUUCUGUUGCAUUUGUUGCUGUCGAACGCGGAAAAAGAACUGCACAAAGGGUAGAGGCACUUCUGCUGCUCAUUCACUCCUGCCUGCAACCAAUCCUCCCUCUGUAGUGAACAGCGCUGCAAAUUCUGCCUACUAUCAGCGGAAGAUGAAUGGCACUUCUACCCCAAUUAUGUCCCGUGGUGGAGUUGGCAGUGGUCCGAUGGAAAUGGCUUCACUACUUCCAUCGCAUGCCGUUCCACCACCCUAUGGAGAGCCUUUUCACGUGCCUCACGAUCCACACGCCGAUGAACCCUACCACAUAUUGGAAAUUCCAGCAAACCAGAUUAAAGUAGGCGAUCUUCUUGGAGAGGGCCAGUUUGGAGUGGUCUACAAAGGCUUUUGGACUGGUGGACUCAUCAACGGCGAUCCCCUUCAGAUCGCCUACGGAAUGGAGUAUCUGGCCUCAAUGGCAUUUGUCCAUCGCGAUCUUGCUUCAAGGAAUUGUCUGGUCGGAGAUCAACGAAUCAUCAAAAUUGCCGAUUUCGGAUUGAUGCGAUCGUGUUAUGAUAGCGAUUAUUACAAGGUUGGUCUUACUUCAAAACGUUCAUAG